AUGGAUUUAAUAUUACCAUUAUCAACACAUUUAAAUCUUGGUCCAUUAAAGUCAAACACCAUUAACCUAGAUGAAUGUACAAUCAAUAUUGAAUCAAUCAUCUACACUGCAGACCAACAUGUUCUACUUAACAAAUUCUCAAUUUGCAACAAAACAAUUGACCCUAGUAAAUAUUUAAAACUUGAUUUAUGGUUAUCCCAUAUUGGUUCCAUUAAACUAAAUGAUGAAAUUAUAUCUGCAAUUUCAUUAGUUCCUACCAAUAGUACCAACCCCGCAACAAUACCUAUCACUCUACCUACCACUUUACCUACCAUUGAAAUAAAUAAAUCAUUCGAAAACAAAUGCUCACAUUUAUUAAAAAACUUAAUUAUUCAAAUCCAAUCACACCUCAAUUAUAAUCUUAAACAAACAUGUAACAUUAACUUUAUAAACAAUGAAAAUCUAAAUUCUACAAUCAAAAAUUUAAUGAAAAAGAAAUUAUUGAGUUUACAUCUUUCUGCAAGAACCAAAUAUGCACCAGAAACCAAUCAAUGCUAA